AGAAAACUAACCUCUCAAUACACAGCAAAGUUCAGAAUCAAAGUGAUGUAAUGCAAGUGGAGACGCCAGGUACGGCAACUAGCGCCAAUGCAUAAAAUUCACAACUACAAAAGUAAACAAAAAGUCACCUAAAUAGCACAUAAUGGGAAGUGAUAAGGAUAAAAGUGAAAAUAAUUUAAUUUUCGUGACGGGAUUCGGUCCUUUUUCCGGUCAUGAAAAUUGUAAUGCAAGCUGGGAAGCUGUUAAGCUUCUUCCGGAUGAGGUUACAGUGAAUGACAAGCAAUAUCGUAUUGAGAAACUCAAAGUUCCGGUUGUCUAUUCCGAUGUAGAUAGGAUUGUUCCGGAAAUAUGGGAAAAGGAUCCACAGCUCGUGAUUCACUGCGGAGUCCAUUCAGCAGCUGAAAAGGUCUGUUUGGAGCAGUGUGCUUACAAAUCAUCCUACUGCCGCCCAGAUUGGGAAGGAAAGUGCCGUCCUACAGCUACUGCUGAUCUCUGUCGUCACGGUCAGGACUGUGAUAAACUUCAAACAACCUUUGACGUUCACAAAUUCGCUGAAGACCUAAAUAAGGUGCAUAAUGGCAUAUUUUGUGGAUCUGUCGAUGUAGGGCAAUAUCUCUGUGGCUACAUUUACAUAAAAUCUUUGGACUACUCACUCAGCAAGACUUUGUUCAUUCACGUGCCACCAGUGGAAGUGAUCAGCCCCUCAGUGGUCCAUAAGGGAAUCCUAGGCGUCAUUCACAAAUGCCUCGAAAAAUAACUGAAGACAGCCGUUAAAAAAAAUCUGGCAGGAUAUUCGUUAAUUAUAUUUUAUUCAUUAAAACUUUUUUUCUUAUAAUCCUUCUAUUAAGGGACAAUAGAAUUCUGGGGUUUUCUCAUUUUUAGUCAAUAAAACGGACACUCUUGUAACAAAACACAAGGAAAAUCCAUCUGCGAUACCUCUUUUUACAAAUUUCGGGAAUCCAAUUUAAAUAUUAAAUAUCUCAAAUGAAAGUAAAAUUUACUUUCCAUUUCUACCUCAUCUAACUAUUUACAUGGUUUCUUUCACAAUUUGAACUUUUCCUAAAAACUUUUCAGGCUUUCCGGGGAAUGGGUUAGUUUUUGUUAAUAAAAAAAAGAAAU